AUGGGCGUCGUGGAGUGGACGCGGGGCCCGACGAUCGGCAGGGGCUCCUCGGCCACCGUGUCGCUCGCCGUCGAUCGCCUGACGGGCGAACUUCUGGCGGUGAAGUCCGUGGGCGCCGAUCGGGCCGGCGAGCUCAAGAGGGAGCAGGGCAUCCUGUCCGGCCUGAGCUCCCCCUACGUCGUACGCUGCCUUGCCUCGGAAGUAUCAGCGUCGUCGGACGGCAGCGGCAGAGGCUACGACAUGCUGAUGGAGUACGCGCCCGGCGGAUCGCUGGCCGACGAGAUCAGGCGGCGCGGCGGGCGGUUCGAGGAGGAGGCCCUGAUCCGGUGGCGCGCACGCGACAUCCUGCGCGGGCUGGCGCACGCGCACGCGGCCGGGGUCGCGCACUGCGACGUCAAGGCCCGGAACGUGCUCAUCGGCGCCGACGGCCUCGCCAUGAUCGCCGACUUCGGGUGCGCGCGGCGGGUGGGCGCCAGCGGCAUUGCGGGCGAGAGGCUGGCGGGCACGCCGGCUUUCAUGGCACCGGAGGCCGCGCGGGGCGAGGCGCAUGGCCCGGCCGCGGAUGUGUGGGCGCUCGGGUGCACGGUGAUCGAGAUGGCCACCGGCGCGGCGCCGUGGGCGCGGUUCCGUAGCUCUGUGGCGAUGCUGCACCACGUCGCGUUCUCCGGUGAGGCGCCCGAGCUCCCGCGGUGGCUGUCGGAGGAAGGCAGGGACUUCCUGGGCAGGUGCCUGCUGCAGGACGCCGGGGAGCGGUGGACGGCGGAGCAGCUGCUCCAGCACGAGUUCUUGGCAUUUGCCGCCGCGGUGUCGUCGUCCAUCUCCGUGGCAGGGAUCACCACCCAGAAGGGGAUGUUCGUGUCCCCCAAGAGCGUCCUCGACCAGGCAUUAUGGGAGGAAGACGACGAUGACACGACCGCGGACACCGUUACCGCCGGUCCCAUCGACAGAGUCCGCGGCCUGGCCGCCGGUGCACCGAACUGGACCUGGGACGCGAGCUGGAUCACGGUCCAUUCCUCCGGCACGAGCAGCGACGACGAGGAGCUGGCAAUGUACACAGAUACCGACAGCGAUUCCCCCGUCGGCGGCAGCAGCACCACAUCGGUUGGGUCCUCGAACAGCCAGGCCUCACAUGCCGAUUGCGAUCGUUACGAUGACACGAGCAGCUGUAACGGGGAGCGGGGUGAUUAUGGUGAUCACGGGAUUAAUGAUUGUACAUUUGCAAUCACAAGCAAUGGAUUCUUUUCCGAUAUAUUAUUGUUCGACCCGGCUGGCUGUCCAAUUUUACCUUUUCCCCUGCUGUUAUAA